GCCAGGCGGCCGAGAGGACAGCCGCAAGGGAGGGGUAGGAGCCUGCGGCCUCUGGAGGAGAAGCAGGGGUUGUGCUGCAAAAGGGGAAGGAGAAAGGGGCGUGGCCGGUGAGCGGCCAGUGCAGGUGCCGCGCUCCGGGGCGCCGCGGACGCGCGACGGGGUCCGUGGCCAUCGCCGACGCAGUGGCCGCCGCUGUCGCUUGGUCGCCGUCGGUCUGCGGGAGGCGGGUUAUGGCGGCGGCGGCAGUGGGAGCUGUGAAUGAGUUCUCCGGCCGGACGACGGAAGAAGAAAGGCUCCGGCGGCGCGAGCAGCCCGGCGCCCGCCAGGCCUCCGCCCCCCGCCGCCGUUCCCGCCCCUGCCGCCGGCCCGGCCCCUGCCCCUGGCUCGCCGCCUAAGCGGAACCUGUCCUUGUACCCGCUGGUCGCCGGCUUCGCCCUGCUGCGCCUGCUGGCCUUCCACCUGGGGCUCCUCUUCGUGUGGCUCUGCCAGCGCCUCUCCCGCGCCCUCAUGGCCGCCAAGAGGAGCUCCGGGGCCGUGCCGCCGCAGGCCUCGCCCUCGUCCCCGGCUCCCGGCCCCGGCGGCGAGGCCGAGAGCGUCCGAGUGUUCCACAAGCAGGCCUUCGAGUACAUUUCCGUCGCCCUGCGCAUUGACGAGGAGGAGAAAGCAGGACAGAAGGAACAAGCUGUGGAAUGGUACAAGAAAGGCAUUGAAGAACUAGAAAAAGGAAUUGCUGUUAUAGUUACAGGACAAGGGGAACAGUAUGAAAGAGCUAGACGCCUUCAAGCUAAAAUGAUGACCAAUUUGGUUAUGGCCAAGGAUCGUUUACAACUUCUAGAGAAGCUGCAACCAGUUUUGCAGUUUUCCAAGUCACAAACGGACGUCUAUAAUGACAGUACUAACUUGACAUGCCGAAAUGGACAUCUUCAGUCAGAAAGUGGAGCAGUUCCGAAAAGAAAAGAUCCCUUAACACAUGCUAGUAAUUCACUGCCUCGAACAAAAGCAGUUAUGAAAAGUGGAUCAACAGGUCUCUCAGGUCACCACCGAGCACCUAGUUGCAGUGGUUUAUCCAUGGUUUCUGGAGCAAGACAAGGACCUAGUCCUGCAGCCACCACUCAUAAGGGUACUCUAAAAACAAAUAGAACAAAUAAACCUUCUACGCCUACAACUGCCGCUCGAAAAAAGAAAGACUUGAAAAACUUUAGGAACGUGGACAGCAACCUUGCUAACCUUAUAAUGAAUGAAAUUGUGGACAAUGGAACAGCUGUUAAAUUUGAUGAUAUAGCUGGUCAGGAAUUGGCAAAACAAGCAUUGCAAGAAAUUGUUAUUCUUCCUUCUCUAAGGCCUGAGUUGUUCACAGGGCUCCGAGCUCCUGCCAGAGGAUUGUUACUCUUUGGUCCACCUGGAAAUGGAAAAACAAUGCUGGCUAAAGCAGUAGCUGCAGAAUCUAAUGCGACAUUUUUUAACAUAAGUGCUGCAAGUUUAACUUCAAAAUAU